AUGAGCUCGUUCAAGAAGGCGACUGAUUAUGUGUUCAGCAAGGCGUUCCUGAAAUACCUCUGCUCCACCCACUUCUGGGGCCCUGUCUCCAACUUUGGAAUUCCCCUCGCGGCGGUAAUGGAUCUCAAGAAGGAGCCUGAUCUCAUCUCGGGGCCCAUGACCUUCUCGCUUAUCGGAUACUCUGCCGUGUUCAUGCGUUAUGCAACCCAAGUCACUCCCUGGAACCCGUUGCUGUUCCUUUGUCACUUUGUUAAUGAGGGUGCCCAGCUUGGCCAGGGCUACCGGUUUGUUAACGGCCGUCGAGUCUGCGUCUGA